UUUCUAGAUUUUCUCACUCCAUCCCCAAUUUGCUCAAUCCAUCUCUGCCUCCACACUCUCUCUCACUCAAAAUCAACGCAUCGCAAAUCGCAAUCGAUACAUACAUCCACACUUUUCUCAAUUCAAAACCAUGUUUGUGUAUGUAUAUCUCCCUCUCGCAACCUCCUGAAGCCCGCAUUCAUCGCUAGGGUUUAGUCGUUUCCAGCUCAGGCGCACUCCGACUUCAAUUUCGAAUUCGCAGCCGAAUUCAGCAGUAGUGAUUGAGGGUUUUUCACUCAGCUAGGGUUUGCUCAUCGAUCUGCGUGCCAAUGGAUUCCCCCUCAGCGUCAGUGGUAUUGAAUACUAGGGACGGAUCGCCGUCCGCGGCGGUGGGUGAGGACGACGGUGCUCUGUUCGCGGAGGGUCUUGCUAAGGAGGCUGCUGUGCUUUUUCAGAGUGGAAAGUUCGCGGAUUGUUUGAAAAUUUUGAAUCAGCUAUUGCAGAAGAAGGAAAAUGAUCCGAAGGUGUGUCAUAAUGUUGCCAUUGUGGAGAGCUUACAAGAUGGAUGCUCAGAUCCUAGAAGGCUUAUCAAAGCACUCGAAAAGAUCAAGGAACAAAGUGAAGAACUUGCUUGUGCAUCUGGAGAACAAGAGGUUUCCAGCAACAAUGGAAGUGAACACACUUCCAGCAUUAGAGGAAAUAAUACUCCCCGGCAUCCUAUUUCGUCAAUUGUGUACAAUGAUGGAUUAGAUACCUCAGUGGCAACUUUCAACAUAGCAGUCAUCUGGUACCAUCUUCAUGAAUACGCAAGAUCGUUCUCAUAUUUGGACACUUUGUAUCAGACCAUUGAACCUAUUGACGAGGGGACAGCUCUCCGUAUAUGUCUUUUACUGCUUGACGUCGCGUUACUUUCUCAUAAUGCAUCAAGAUCUUCCGAUGUGAUAAGCUACAUAGAAAGGAUUUUUUUUGUCAGUAGUCCGGGCAAUCAAGCAGAUAAUGGAUCCUCGGCACACCAGCAACCUCUAUUAGUUUCAAAAUCUACGUCACUUCCCAACAAUUUGACCCUUCAUGAUGGUUCUCACCAUGAUUCUACUCCAGAUGAUUCCUUAACCAGAACAUUAUCAGAGGAAGCACUUGAAGAUGAACCUUUGCCUGUACUAUCCUCUCUUGACAUAAGUGGACAGAAUCUUCAAAGACCUGGCAUUGUCUCUGCUAAUGAUCUUCAAAGAAUCCAACCAGAGGGUUCAAUAUCAACUGCUGAUUUAAGGCUUAAGUUACACCUUUACAAGGUUCGCUUUCUGCUCCUGACCAGGAACCUGAAAGCAGCCAAGCGCGAGGUGAAGAUGGCUAUGAAUCUGGCUCGUGGCAAAGAUUAUCCCCUGGCUCUCUACCUAAAGUCACAGCUUGAAUAUGCUCGUGGAAAUCACCGGAAAGCAAUCAAGCUGUUGAUGGCAUCAAGUAACAGCAUCGAGAUGGGAAUCUCUAGCAUGUACUACAAUGAUCUCGGCUGCAUCUACUACCGGCUGGGUAAGCAUCAUACAUCAGGAGUACUUUUUUCCAAAGCCUUAAGUAAUAGCUCAGCUGUGCGGAAGGAGAAGCCUCCAAAUCUUCUCACUUUGUCUCAGGAUAAAUCCCUCCUGAUUACGUAUAAUUGUGGUAUUCAAUCAUUGGCCUGUGGCAGACCCUUUCAUGCAGCUCGUUGUUUUCAAAUGGCAAGCCUUAUCUUCUAUAACAGACCUCUUCUGUGGCUAAGAAUUGCUGAGUGCUGUUUGAUGGCCCUAGACAAGGGACUGAUAAAGUCUUCCUCUGCAUCUGCGAUUUCUGAGGUUGGAGUCAAUGUCAUUGGCAAGGGGAAAUGGCGACAACUUGCUCUAAGAUACGGUCCAUCCAAUGGCCAUGGAACAUAUGUUGGAAUGAACAGUUCAGUUAAAGGUGAUGGCAAACAGCCUGAUCUCUCGAUGGCUCUUGCCUGGCAGUCUCUUGUCAAUGCUUUGUUCUUAUUAGAUUAUUCGGAAGUAUUCAAGGCUGAUAAGGCUCCUGUUUCUGAGGAAAAAGAGUCGGGAGAGGCACCUUUAUCGCAGAGUUCAAAUCUCAAGAAUGCCACUGGCGGUGAUCCCAAAGCAGCUACUGGCUCAAGUCAAGCUAUUGCCAAUGGUGAAGCGAAAGAGCACAAGGGUGGACAAAAUCUGUCUGGCACAUUGGCCAACUCCAUCCUUGAUUACGAACAUAUUCGCAUGAAGGAGAACCUGAUGAUAAGACAAGCUGUGCUGGCUGAUUUAGCAUAUGUAGAGCUGGCACUAGGAGAUCCUUUGAAAGCCCUUUCAACAGCAAGAUCUUUACUAGAACUUCCUGACUGCUCAAAGAUGUACAUAUUCUUAGGCACCAUAUACGCUGCAGAGGCUUUAUGCCUGUUAAAUAGGCCAAAUGAAGCUGCUGAGCAUUUGCUGGUGUACAUGCCUGACGGUAACAAUGUCAAGCUUCCAUAUAGCCAAGAGGACUGUGAGAACUGGACAGUGGAAAAAGUGUCCGACACUGAAGAGUCAAAUGGUGGCACAACACCCGUUGUUACUCCUCUCUCAACGGCAGAUGAAUCCCUAGCCCCGGUGUUUUCCAGCCCUGAGGAAGCUCGGGGACUGUUUUGUGCAAAUUUUGCUGCCAAUUUUGCGCUGCUGGGAGACUUUGAGCAGGCUCAACGAUUUCUAACCAUGGCAUUUUCUGAUAUACCAAAUAGUCCCCAAGCUAUUCUUACUGCAAUUUAUGUUGAUAUAAAGCGCGGUAACACUCAUGAUGCUCUUGUCAAGUUGAGACAGCACAGUGGAGUUAGAUUUGUUCCUGGGAAUCUGACGUUGAACGGAAGCUGUUGAUGGGGUUGUAUUUGUUGUUUUCGAUUCGUUGUCGAAUCAGGUAGCAGGUAAGUUUUGAGGAUCCUUGGAAUAGGGAUUUGUACCAUAUAUAUAGUUCGAAUUCAGCAAAUAAGUAUGUUAUAUUUUUUUUCCGAUUUCUGAGUCGUCGUCUGGUAGAGUUUAGCCAUGGUGGUGGGUGGCUUAGUUGGUCCGAUGCAAGAUCCUGCUUGAUAGAGUUGAAGGUGUAGUUUUGUUGAUUCAUAGUGAUGUGCUUUUAGAGGUAGAUUUGGGUGCCUUAGAGUAACACAGAGAGAAAUGACUCGAGCUCUUAAUUUGGAAAUGAAUAUGCAGAAACAUUCUUACAUAGAUGCAUGCUGCUAUUUGCAGACUUUUUUAUACCA